UUGCCGACACCAAUCCGCAUAGUAAGUGGGUUUUGCACGCUUGUAGGUACUGUCAAACAACGUUCCAUCUGCAAACCUCGCGGUAUAAUGAACCUACCCCCACACCAGCACCAAAGUCUCAAACUUUGAACCCAAAAAACUUUUGCAAUGCGUAAUGUGUCGUAAUUAACACGAAAAGUGAUGGACUUUGAUAAAUUCUUAAAACAGAAAGAUGGAUGUAUAAAUAUGAACCCUAAACGCUCAUGCCAAAAACCAAAAUCUCUCAAAGUCCUUAUUGCAAAGAGAAAAAAAUGAAUCCAUCGAUUUUAAUCUUAACAGUUUUCGUACUUCCCCUCCUGGUACCAACGGUGAUUCCUCACGACUACUCGGAUGUGAUAACAUUUGAGAACUAGAUAGAGUUGUGUUUUAUUGAAACAUAAACUAAGAUAGCUCAAUGAGCUUUAUUGAAAUAUAAAGAACAUAAAGAGAAAGACUUUGGGUUGUCUGCAAGAGAUUCAAGAGUUAUAUUGAUGCUUUAUAAAGAUGAGAAGAGAGGCUGCUAGAAAGCACAGCCAAAGUUGAGUUUUACAAAACCUUAAACUACUAUUUAUAUAAAUCUAAAUGCUAGAACCCUAGUUACAUGGACUUCUAUGCUCUUCUCCAAUGACAUAGUCUUGGGCUUGAUGUGGCUUGCUGUGUGGCUUAAUAUGAUAUUGGUGCAUUUAAGCAUAUGUUUUUGCCAGCCCUCAGAUCACUUUCUCUGAUGGUUGCGCUUGAUCUUUACCUCUAUCGCCAAAUCAUCCAUGCUUGUCCUGUUCUGGAAGAGUUAACCAUACGCGACGGGGAAGUUCCAGAUGUGUUGUCAAUUUGUGGUGGUACGGUCGUGGAACAUGCAUCAAUCAAGCGUCUUGUGAUUGUAACGCCUCUUCCUGAUGGUACAGACUACAAUCUCUCGACAUAUUAUUUCGAAAGCUCUCGCCAAACAGUUCGUUUCCGAGCACCAAGUCUUGUCUGCCUUGACUACUCUAGUUUUGUCUUUAAAGAGUAUCAGGUUGAUGAUUUGGAUUCUCUUGUCGAAGCAAGGCUGAGUCUCAAGUUAUGGUGGUCAAUUAGUCAUUUUUUUUUUUUUGUCAAAUAUGUGAAUUUCAUUAAGCAAAUAAUGACACAGAGAGAUACAUUGUAGUGCAUCUAAGUUGCUAAUCAAAGCAAGAGUGUCUUAGGGAGCCACAAAAAAAGUAAAAAAGACUCACUAGGACAAGAAAGGUUCAAUCACAACACAAUGGAAGUGAUUAAAGCUUAGCUAAACUAACAGUUCCAUGGACAACUUUGAAGUUUGCAGUAGACACAGCGAGAGAGAUGAUGCCGGAACCUACAUCAAAACCGCACAGGCCCGAAGAGAACACAGCCGGAGAACAGUCCGAGGGACCGCGGACCGUCCCGAAGGCGACUCGAACCAUAGAAUAGGCGAAGCAGGGUUGACCUUGCCCUGGUCCGGCCAUCACUAGCGGUAGAGUCCACUCCAGACGCUGCAAUCUCAAGAAGAUGACAAACCGUUAUCCCGGUAAUCCAAACCCGACGAUGAGAAGCCAGAAGUUGAAGCACAGGUGGGUAACAAGCAGAUACAAGCGGAGGUUUUAGCAGCUCGACUCCGGUCCCAUCACGCUAGCAGAGCACAAAAGGUACCAGCUUCAGAACAUCAAGAGAGGCAGGAUACAGAGGCCUUCUUCCUUCUGAAACUUGAAGAGCGAAGGAACAUGAGCUCCCAUCAGCAGGCGAGAGAGGAGAAGAGACCCAUGAAAGAGAGCUGAGAUAUCGCAAAGUAACGGCACGAAACUCCGAGCUAUCCCGACAUCCCCCGAUAGAUCUGGAUCCUAACAAGACGCCAUGGUAGUUGUCGAGAAAGUGUACCAGAAAGAAGUCCCCAGCGAAGAGUCUCACCAUCGCCUUUUUCAUCUCAGAACGAGUCACGAGACAGGGAAGUUCUUACCUUUAGCAAUCGUAGGAGGAGACAGAGGAAGACAGAGGAGGCAGUGAACUGACCGGAACGGCGAAGGCAGCGACGCUUAUCCAUUCCGGCGACCCUCCGUGAGAGAUCUGACCCAGAUCCGCUCAAGUCAAACCCUAGAUCUACUUCCAAGACGACGCCUCCUGCUCAGAUCUGACUCUCCACGACCUCGCCAUCACUCCAGGGAAGCUGAGGACGCCCUCAGACGCCGGUUUGGUUCGCCGGAUCCGGCUGCUAUCCGACGAAAACCAGAGUAGAUGAAGCAAGGAGGAAGUGGAGAAACUGAAUCGUGAGAGAGGAGAGACUGGACACAGUAACGAUUGGGGUGGCGACCGACGGGUAGAGACCUCCGUCGGCCACCGGAGCUGAUGUCAGAUACGAUUAUGAUUAUUAUUAGUCAUAAUUACGAUUAUGAUUAUUAUUACGAUUAUGAUGGCUGUUUUUAUCUUGGUUAUCCACGCCCGCCUAUAUUCGGUGAUGUUACAUGUCUAGUUACGGCUAUAAGAAACAUUACCACCCUUCACUUGUCUCCUGAUUCCCUUGAGGUAGGUCAGUCCUUCUUAUAAUACUAUUAUUUGUUUGUGGUUGUAAUAUAUUAAAAAAUUUAUAUAAUGGAUCAGGUAUUUCAUUUCUGCUGUAAAUCCAUGCCAUGCCUAUGUUCAACAACCUUGUUACUUUAUCCCAUUGAGAGUAACAAGCAAAAAAGUUGGCAAGUGAUGCCACUUCUGCUCAAGUCUUGUCCAAAUCUACAAACUUUAGUUUUCAAGGUAUAUAAAUAUCAGUUUACUUUUUUUUGUUGUUGUUGUUGUUUCCAUUGAAUAAUGUACAUGUCUUAAAUUGGUCUGUUUUCCAGGGUCUUCUUCACAGAGUAACAAAUAGAUGUGGAGAUGCAUGCGCUUGCAACCCGGGUCAGAAAAAGAGGAAGAGGAUAAAAAAGAUGAAAGAAGUAUGUUGUCUCCAGACAUGUCGAGUGAAGCUGCUAGAGAUUUCAGACUAUGGAGGUUAUUUUCAAGAGCUGAAACAAAUGAGUCAUUUCUUGGACAAUUUGGAAUGUCUUGAAACUCUAAAAGUUGGUGUUAACCCGGACAAGAAUAGUGAGUUUGUGCGAGAUGAUGUAAUGGCUCUUCCCAGACUUUCAUCAAAGUGCACCAUUCAAUUCAUCUGACCUUUUCUUUCCUUAACCUCUUUUUUUUGUAAUGUUGCAAAAUUGAUAAUGAUUAUUAUCACUUUAAAUAUCAUUAUUUCAUGUUGCUUACAAUCUAUUAAAAAGGAUAAUAACUGUUUUCACAUGGCCCUUGUGAUUCUCAAGAACGAGAACUUUUAAAAUGUCAAACAAGAAGUUAUUGUCGAUGGUCCAAAGGAUUUUCUCACCUUGUUGCUCAAUUUCCACAAUAAUAAUAAUCAAAAUACGUAGAGAAAUAUUAUCAUAUAGCUCCGUAGUUUUAGUUUCAGAAGAAAUACUAAAUAAACGUUACACGUUCAAAUUUGAAUUGUCACAAAGAUGCGAGCAAAGAGAACAAGAGAGCUCAAAUGUUUGCAAACUCAGCGACCAACAAAGCUCCUCACUUUCUGCCUUUAGCAUUUUUCAAGCCUUUAGUAAGCAUCCGUGGUGCAAUCGCCAUUGACAUAAGCUCUUGGAAGAGCAAUUUGCAAGCAUAUGGAAUGUGAACCUG